AUGCCCAUUGGGACUUCUUCUUAUAGGCUGGUUUUUGGCAAGGUGUUCCAUCUGCCAGUUGAACUUGAGCACAAGGCCUUGUGGGCACUAAAGAAGUCUAACAUGGACUGGGAAGAAGCAACCAAGCUGAGGUUGUUUCAGAUGAAUGAAAUGGAUGAAUUCCGGUACCAUGCCUAUAAAAGUGCGACCUUGUACAAGGAGAAGAUGAAAUACUACCAUGAUGUCAAGAUCCUCAAGCGGGACUUUCAGAAGGGUGAUUAUGUCCUGCUGUAUAACUCAAGGCUGAAGCUCUUUCGGGAAUUGAAGUCCAUGGAUGGAACUCGGACAUUUAAAGUGAAAGGCCAGAGGGUAAAACGCUACCAUUGGUGUAUUGAUGGUGAUAGGAUCGUUGACAGACACAGGCAGAAGCCUGGCUACACUCUUGACCCGGAGUAA